CUCUGUCGCUCUCGCUCUCGCUGUCGCUCCCCCCCUGCGAAGCUUCAUGAUGGACCUGCACGGGCUCUCCGCGCCGGUCGACGCCUUCCCCAUCGAUGACCUCCUCGACCUCUCCAACGACGACCUCUUCUCCUCCCCCUCCGACCACCUCCUCCCUCCCCCGCCGGACCUCCCCUCCCCCUCCUCCGCCCACCGCCUCCGCGCCGACUCCUCCUCCACCUCCUCCUCCUCCUCCUCUUCUUCCCCGCCUUCCUCGGCCGUCUUCCCUCCCUUCUCCACCGACUUCGCUCACGAGCUCUGCGUCCCCAGCGACUACGCGGCCGAGCUGGAGUGGCUCUCCCGGUUCGUCGACGACUCGUUCGCCGACAUCCCGGAGGACUCUUUAUACGGGACCCCAUCCGCCCUCUCGGACGCUGCGGUCUCCGGGAGCAGGCCGCGGAGCAAGCGCUCGAGGCAGCCCGGGGCUUCCCGGGCGGCUCCGAGCCGGAUCCGCUUGCCACCGACCGACGGCGCGGGGCUAGUGGAGGGGGAAGGAGGAGCGAGGCGGUGCGCGCACUGCGCGUCUGAGAAGACGCCGCAGUGGAGGGCGGGGCCGCUGGGGCCGAAGACGCUGUGCAACGCGUGCGGGGUGCGGUACAAGUCGGGGCGGCUGGUGUCGGAGUACAGGCCGGCGGCGAGCCUGACGUUCGUGCUGACUCAGCACUCGAACUCGCACCGGAAGGUGAUGGAGCUGCGGCGGCAGAAGGAGGCGCGGCAGGCGCAGCCGCAGCAGCAGCAGCAGCACCACCGCCACCAAGGGCCAGGGGGAGGAGGGGGGCAAGCCUACGGUCACCCCCGCGACUUCGGGGUCUGCUGACGGGGCAGGCGCGGUUGGUUACGGGAUGACGCCGCAUCGUUCCCCAUGUGAGGGAGUGAAGGACUCGCCGUGUAUCGUUGCGCAUCACGUGCCCAUCCUCUUUUUCCUAUUUUUAUUUUCUCUCUUUUUUAUUCGGUUUCUUUGCUUUUCCGAAGGAAAGCCAGUCGAAUAUAUCAGGUUCCUGUUGGGCCUAAUAUUGCCCGGUGUUUGCGAGU